CCGGCUUCGAUUUUCCUCGCAUUUCAUUAGAGGAAAUGAGCCUUGCUGCUUAAGUGUCAGUGAGAAAUAUUGGUAGCGCACCUCUUGGACCGAGAUGGGUUCUAUGAGGAAAAAAAUGGCCUGGAAAGUUUUGUUCCUGAUAAGUUUCCUCGGUGUGACGGAUAGAGCCUGGGGUGGCAGGAGCAGGAGGCGGGAGCUGCGGACCAGGGAAGCGGUUAUAUACGCCAUUCCCGAUGACAAAUGCCCAUACCCCUGUCAGUGUCCCGCGAUGGGUGAAGAAUGCGGCGAAUGCGAAGAAUGCCCCCGCCAAAUGGGUGAACCAUGUAGCGAAGAUAAACCAUGCGACAUGCAGAGAGGACUAAUUUGUAGAUACAAACAUGGAGAUUCCGAAGGAGUUUGCAGAGAAUCAUCAGGAGUGCCGUGCGUUGUAUAUAACAAGACUUAUGAGCAUGGUGAGACCUUCACUUUAGACUGUAGGACUCAGUGUGCUUGUCAAAACGGAACUUACGGGUGUUCAUCUUUAUGUCCGCAAGAGCACAUAUCACCGAGAGGUUCGUGUCAGCACCCGCGCUUAGUUGAAAUUCCAGGACAGUGCUGCAGGGAGUGGAUGUGCGACAGUCAAACUGCAGAGCAGCCACCAUCUUGCCAACCAGCGUUUUCCAGAUGGUCCAGCUGUACCAGCGAUUGCGGCUCGGGAUUGUCCACCCGUCGAUCCAACCUAAAUGCCCGUUGUCAACCUGAUACCGAGACUCGUAUAUGUCAGACAAGGAGGUGUUUGGACUCGACUCAACUUAACAGCCACCAGAAACAUCAUCACUUAAGGAGGGGGCACGAAUGUAAGGCGACACACCGCCUCAGCACCGCCGUGUUCCUGCGUUUUGGUCCCUGCAGGAGCAGGAAGCGCUUCCGGCCCAAGUACUGCGGCGUCUGCCCGGUGCCGGGCGUCUCCUGCCAACCAACUUUGAGCACCACGGUGAAGGUCGAGUUUCUCUGUGAAGGGUCAGAAUCAACGGAGAACGCAUCAGAGUUGCUACCGGAGUACCUCGAACCGGGCGCCGAUCUCUGGGCGGACGACCUCACCGAGGAGCCCGACGUCUCCACCGAGUCCAAGCUGAUGACUGUCUUAGUGCAGUGGGUGUUGAAGUGCAGGUGUGCCGCCGACCCCUCGGCACCCACCUCGAGUACCGGUGAGGUGGUUCUGCAUCGCGUACAUCGGACUGCAGCUCCUUAA